AUUUGUCUAUCGCUGCAUCGCUGUGUCUGGUUUUGUAAAAAUGGCGACUUUUCUACCUCGUUCAUUUGGUCUUGCUGAAACCUAUUUUUUGAAGAAUGGUAGUAAGCUUGCUGCAGUAUCUGCAAGUAUCAUACCAAGUAAACAACAAGUACGGAACCUGAAUGUCCAUGAAUAUAUCAGUUACACUUUACUACGUGACAAUGGUAUCCCUGUGCCAAAAUUCAAUGUGGCCAAGACCAAGGAUGAAGCAGUAAAGUUUGCCAAAGAACUAAAUUCUCAAGACAUUGUACUCAAAGCACAGGUUUUGGCUGGUGGUCGUGGUAGGGGUGCUUUCAAAAAUGGGCUAAAAGGUGGUGUGCGAAUGGUGAACACGCCUGAGGUAGCUGGUGAUAUUGCCGGCAAGAUGCUGAACCAAUAUCUGGUUACGAAACAGACAGGUGCUGCCGGUCGUAUCUGCAACUUGGUGAUGGUCACAGAGAGGAAGUUCCCACGUCGCGAAUACUAUGUUGCUAUUAUGAUGGAGCGCAGUUUCAAUGGUCCGGUAAUUAUUGCGUCGUCACAAGGAGGAGUAAAUAUUGAGGAUGUAGCAGCUGAGAACCCUGACGCUAUUACUUAUGAACCUAUUGACAUUGUCCAAGGCAUUACCUCAGAACAAAUCGAUCGUGUAAUAAAGAAGAUCGGUCUGGAAGAGAGGGCUACUGAAGCUACUGAAUUAAUGAACAGAAUGUAUGACUUAUUCUUGAAAAAAGACGCUUUGCUAAUUGAAGUAAAUCCUUAUGCUGAAGAUGCUAUUAGUGGGAAAUUUUUCUGUUUGGAUGCAAAAUUCCGAUUUGAUGAUAACGCUGAAUUUAGACAAAAGGAGCUUUUUGAUUUGAGAGACGUCUCUCAGGAGGACCCAAAAGAAAUUGAAGCUGCUAAAUAUAACUUGAAUUAUAUUGCGCUUGAUGGUAACAUUGGAUGCAUGGUGAACGGAGCUGGUUUAGCAAUGGCCACAAUGGAUAUCAUCAAGUUGUACGGCGGUGAUCCGGCUAACUUCCUCGAUGUUGGCGGUGGCGCCACCGCCCAGGCUGUGUCGGAAGCAUUCAAAAUCAUUCUGUCCGAUCCUAAAGUGUCUGCUAUUUUGGUGAAUAUUUUCGGAGGUAUCAUGAGAUGUGACGUCAUCGCCGAGGGUAUCAUCACCGCUGCCAAAAACUUGAACAUACAAAUCCCUGUCAUCGUGCGUUUACAGGGUACGAAAGUGAACGAAGCCCGCAAACUAAUCGCUGAAUCCGGUCUGAGGAUCGUACCGCGCGACGACCUCGACGAGGCGGCUCAACUAGUGGUGCAACUCUCCGAGAUCGUAUCACUGGCCAAGAAGGCCGGCGUAGAGGUCAAAUUCGAUAUUCCUAAACCAUUCUUAGAAAAGUAGACAAACAGUAUUCUCAUUCACUCCCAAAUCCUAAUACUUCUAUUAUGAUAUUACAUUGUCGAUGUGAUAUCGAUUAUGUUACGAUUUACUUGCGGAUAAACGCGACACGUAUGAAAAUAUUUUACUUACAGUAUCUAGCUACGAUUAGGUUAAGCUUAAAGCGGUUUAUCUAUUGUUUUAUUUUUAGGCGGGUGCCAAAUUUUAUUUUUGUCAUUUUACACAUAUUUAUAGCACCUUUAUUCCAUGUGAUAUACAUAUGUUUGUAUGUUGUUAAUCUGUGAAUAUAUUAUAAUUGUUAACCUCCCAAGUGAAUGUCGCAUAAGCUUUGUAACAUAGUCCGAGUUGUGGAACAACAUUAGUUUAAGGUAUUUUCAUUGUAAUAUUUAUUGAAUUCACUUUGUUAUUCUUGUUGUUAUUGAGUAGUUAGUGCAAAUUUAAUUAAUUGACAUAUUGGCCUCUUAAAGUAAUUAAAUUGUGGUAUUGUUACCAAUUUUUUCACUAUUAAACGAGGUGUAUAUAAGUUGGUAGUUUUAUGCUUGAAUCGUCUAAAAUGUACAGUGCUAUUCCAGAAUUACAGUUGAAUACUAUGUAUUAGUAUUUAUUUAUAUAAUUUGUAGGUAGCCCAAUGGCUCCACAAGACGUGUAUCAACGCAAUAAUUAUGACUACAUUAUGAUAUGUUUUGUAAAUAGCAGCUUAACAAAUUCAUGUAUUAUUUUGAAUGUAUAACUGUUAGAGCGGAAUGUUAAAGUACAAUAUUUAUAAUUAUAACAACACACAUUUUAGAAUAAUUUAUUUAUUGGCGUAUGAAACUACCUUAAUAAAGAAUAAUUUAGAUC